UUCUUUUCGAUGCUUCUCAGUCACUAGCUAUGUUUUUAUUUCUUUACAGGACAAGCAACACAUUAAUUGUGACGUUUUUGUGAAUAAGAACGCUUCAAAGAUAACCUUUAUGGUAAGGUUAUAUAUAUUUUAAUGCAAACAUUAAAUUAGCUUCCCUCAUCAGCUGGUUAGCUUUAAGGAUUAGCUGGGAAGUACUUUGAAGAUUGAUUUCUGAGAUCGAUAGAUCAGCAUAGUCGAUCAUACAAGAUUACUUAAUCCUUUGAUUCUUUGAAUCAUCUAUCCUGACCUGUCAUAUAGUGUAGCACUAGAAACAGUUGGCCUACCAAAACUUUAUGAGAGGAGAGAAAAGAUUUCAAUCGAUCUGUUUGACGAGAUCGUCUGUAACCCCACCCAUAGUCUCCAUAGCCUCCUCCCCCAAAGGAAGAGUUGUAAAUAUGGUCUGAGACGCAAAAGUGAUUUCACUCUCCCCCUAUGUAAAACCGAGCGUUUGAAGAAAAGUUUUAUUUUUAGCCAUGUCCAUAAGAUGUAGAUAAGUUCUCUUAUUUUCUCUUUGUUAUCAUCAGUAUUUGUAAAUAUCCCGUAAUUCAGCCCACGGCUGCAAUGGUGUUUAUAAUAAAGUAUCUAUAAAGUAUCUAUCUCACAUGGAACACGUUGACGGAAUGUCCAGGAAAUUCUCCUCAACGACCGAAAAAGACGUAAAAUGGCUUGUUUUCACCUUUUCCUUCUACACAGGUUAUUGCACGGGGUAAAAUACUUGCUCAGUGGAUCAAAGUCUACGUUGUUGGAGUGAUUUCGAGUUUUCGAUUUAGGAUCUUACCAGAAAUGUCUCCUUCGUCACGUCUGGUGGCUUUCUACUUUGGACAAAAUGGUGAAGUUAUUGUGGACAGCACAUUGCUUGAGAUUGACGAUGGACUACCAAAUAAGGUAAUAUUUUUUGCCAUGAAUUCAACUGAAAAGGACCUUUAUGACGCUGCAUGGGAGUGACAUCUAAAGCUAAAUGUUGUCUGCCCUCUUUAAUAAAUUAAAAUUUAUGAAUUAACUUGGAAAAACUCUCUUUGUUUUGCUUUUUUGUCAGUUUUGUCGCACUGUCUUUAACAGUUAAGAAGAAUUCGUUUGACCUUCUGCUCUUGUUUGUAACGAUUCAUUAAGGGGAAAGGGGUAGGUUGGGGCUAGAACCUGUAUACUUGACAUCCGUGGUGUAUAAUCGGAUAUAUGGCAUCUAGAGAAUGGAAUGUCAACGAGGAAGAUUGGCAUGUACACCUCAAAUAAUUUGUGUUAAUGUCGCUUUAUCAAGCUGUCCGGUGAAGGACAUUCAAGUUACCCGGGAAAGAAAGGGUAACAUUGAUCUACUUAUUAGUGAAAGCAAUUCCAAAUAACGCUCAUUCGUGAUUUCCACAGAUAUACAAAAUUUAUAACUAGUUUCACUUUCGUUGUGAAUUCUUCUACAGAAAGAAUAACAAUUCCAAACCUUUGCUCGUAGGUGGUAUUUCAUGAAGACUCGUCCGAUGGUCAAAAAUCCAAAUAUCCGAGCACUCAGUACAAGAUUCAACUCUCCGCGACACCUGGGACUAGAAUUGGACUUCUUGCAGUAGAUCAGAGCGUUUAUCUCCUCAGAAAUCGCAAAAAAUUGAACAAGAAAAAAGUAAGCGAUAAAUCUAGACAACAGAGGGAAUUCUUUACAUGGAUUGAUAGCUACGUUCGAGAUAUUUACCAUUUUCCAUGAGAUAUCGAUUUAAAAGCCCAAGCUUGCCAUUCAAAGCUUAAUGUUUUUCGAAAUAGUAAUAAAACACCUGCCUUCGGUUUUGAUGUGUAACGGCAUGGUUUUGCUACCAGCUGAAUUUUGAUACAUUUUUUCUAUCAACAUCUGUGGAAAGCAAUUACUUUUAUAAUUAAAAAAAAAAGCAUGGAAUCGAAUAUCAAGAAGACCCUCCCCAAAAAAUCAAAAAUCAAAAACAAGGAAACAAAAAAACAAAAACUAACAGAUUUCCUAGACUUUGAUGUUCUUGCUGACAUCAGUCGAAGAAAACAAGGCCUCUGUGGCUGGUCUAUAAGAGUUAAAAAUUGCUACAGGCACCUUGCAAUUUUGUGGUAGUUAACCCAUAAUUGGAGGAGUUUGUUUCACAAAAAACGGAGUAUUUUGAAUGAGGGAGAUAGCAUUUACUAGUUAUCUUAUAUUUUACUUGCUUGUUGAUCCCUUAUCCUUAUUUCUUGCUUCUUGUUUCCUGAAUAAACGUAGGUGUUUAAUCUCUUGGAGUCACUGGAUCUUGGAUGUGGUGUUGGAGCUGGUAGAGAUAGCGAGGACGUCUUCACUGUAAGUACAUGUACCGGGGACGGGGGGGGGGGGGGAGAGAGAGAAAAAAAAAAAAAAAGGGGGGGGGCGGGGGUUUGGCCCUUUUUAAAAAACAAAAUCUAUGUGUUUGAUAUUUUUUUUAAAAAUAAGACUGUAAUUUUGUGAAAAAACGGGUAGGGAGAUGAUUGUGUUCUUGUGUGUAGAGUGGGUUGGUUUGUGUGGUGGGGGUGUAGUGGGAGGUUGGGGUGGGGGGGGGGGAGUGUUGGGGGGGAGCGGAGGUUCGCGGGGGGUGGGGGGGGGGGGGGGGGGGGGGGGGGGGGGUAAAGAGAGACAGAAAAUCAGAAAUGGGAGGAGCGCGGGUUCUUGCCUUCUUUAUAGAUAACAUUUAUGUUUACUGAGAAUUCUUUAACAAUAAGACAGGGAAAUUCUCAGAAAAACGGGAUGGAGGAGCUGCCGGUGUCCCCUUGGCCCACCCCUAGAUCCGCCCAUGAGUACGGCUUCUUGAGAUAGUGCUGUUAUGAAAGUUAAGGCCAAAAUGUGGGAAAAAAUACUGUUUGUAUAAAACUGUAAUAUCCCUCUUGCUAUGUUUUACUGUCUUGGGAUUACUUUAAAGCACUUAUUUUGUGUUCAGUCGCGGGUUAAUGCAUGAAAGAGAACUAAAUGUGCAUAACUUAUGUAGUUAACUCCUCGCAUUUUGUGCUAAAAUAACCGUUCGUUUAAAUCUGAUUCUAUUCUUAUAGAGGGCAGGAACUGUUGUGUUAACAAACACGGAUAUCACCAGCACAGGACGUUCUGGUAAACAGGGCUUUUUGUUGGUGUUGAGGAAAUCGAAAUUACCAGUAUUAAAACGUUCAGCGUUUUAGCUUGUACUUUAGUAUCACGUUUGCCAGUGGCUGCACCAACAACUAAAAAGUUAAAAAGUUGAACGUAUGAGCACACUGAUAUUUCCCCCAUGGUGUCGAGGUUAUAAUUUGUCUGUUAAUAUUUUGCCUGGAUACAUAGCCCAUGUAUGGUUUACUGAAAAUGACAAUUCCUUAUCAUCCGCAAUCGAUGCUUAUUUCCACAUUUCGGCCGCAAUGGUCGCCAUCUUUUAUCCUUUUCUUUUACAUCAGGUUUAUAGAAAAUGCCUAUUUUUCAAUGAGUUAAUUGUAAGAUUUGAAUACCGGCGUCAUUAUAGGCAGUAAGUAUCUCAUCCAGAUUGGUAACGCAAUAAUAAACUUUAUGCUAGGAAUAACAUCCUGCGCUCUACUUCGUCUUACGACUGUUGACAUAUUUAACUUUGCCCAGAUAAAGUUAUUUACAUAGAUUUUAAGCGUCGUCUUUGUUUUCAGACUUCGCUUGUCCUCAGUCUAAACCCAGGAAAAAAAGAUCAAACGGCGAAGGUAGGGAUCCAGUAAGCUUCAUCUGAUUCAAACUAGCUUAAAAUAAUACUUUACGUUUAGGAAUUACUGCUAUUUAAUAGACCUUUUUACCGAUACGGCGGCCAUAUUGAAUAAGUCAGAAUUUAAGGAGUAUUAUGGGAUACCCAGGGGGCAUGAGCGCAUUCCGUUUAGCAUUUACGAGCGCCCUUCGAGGCAUUUUAUCUUAAAGAUCGUUGUGCCGUGUUAGGAUUUAAUAAAGAUCGCCUUUUUCCCGAGAAAUAUACAGUGAAAGACUGUAUAUCUAAUACUAAGCGAGUACAACUGAUCUUGCUCAUGCCCCCUAAACAUCCCAUAAUACUCCUUAAAUCGAAUUAAUUCAAUAUGGCCGCCGUUUCGGUAAAAAGGUCUGUUUCCCACUCGUAGAUCUGGUUAAAUGCUGUCAGCAGGGAUAUAUGCCAUCAAGAGCAUCAUGUGUUAUCCGUGUUCAAUAUUGGAUGACUGACGAAAGCGAAAAAUGCAAGCAGGAAUUUCGACGAUGUUGUUUUAAUUAUACUGGAGAAACAGGUAUUUGUACUUUGAUUAUAGCUAAGCUAUUUGAACUGCCAACUUUGGCUCAGUGAUAAGAUUUCAAUGCACUCAUUUUUUUGGGGGGGGGAUUUCAUGGAAGAUACUUUGUUCACAAUAGAGAUUUAGAUAGAGUAAACAGAUUUCAGUUUAGAAAGAAAUCACGUCUAAUUUCGAAAACUACAAACGGCGAAAAUGACAUUUACGUUAUUUCCAAAUUACCCAAAGCCUCUCUUAUCAAAUGAUUUUUCAUUCUCAUGAAAAUGAAACUUAUUAUCACAAGAAAGGUUUUGUCGUUGGUUGCGGUUGAUGAAAAUCGUGAAAAGAACUGAUACUUUAUCAUCGUUCUUGGAUACACUUCGCCAAAGUAUAAGACUCUCUACCAUUUCCCGUUUCUCGUUUUCCGUAAACGACUAAACCUCUAAGAUAAGAUGCACCAUUGCUGAAAAAAUGUCCGCAUUUCAAAUUAUUUCCAGAUCCUUCCACCACACAAGUACGUUCCAGAAAGGUUCAGCAAUUCGAACUGGCUUUCGAUGACGAGGCGGUCAGCGAAGGACAAGUGAGACAAUACUUUCCUGAAACUUGGAUUUUUGAAGAAGAUACUGUUGGGUAAGAAAUGAGCAAUGUAAUAAUAACAACGGCACUUUUUUCAAGAUGAAGGGUCCCUUUUCCUGGUGCUUUGAUCAUUGGAAUCGGCUUUAUUGCACUUUUCAUUUAUCUUUAUUAUUGUCAUUCUUAUUAUUACUAUUAAUAUUAUUAUCAUUAUUAUCAAUAACGCGCGGUCUCUAAAGUUAAGUUACGGUCAGUCAAUAGUAAUUGCGACGAAGCCAAAUAAACAGAAAUCUACCAAUAACAACCUAGAGACGUGACCUUUUGAUGUAAACCAAUCCAAAAUUUGGUUAAAUUUUUGAACAUAGAGUUCUUAUGUUAAUGAUAAAAUAUUAAAUAAAUAAUUCAUUGAAAAUAUCUCCCCAAUUCUGAUUGGUUAAAGGCGCACGCAUAAUUCACCAUAACCAGUUACUGAUGACCAAAUUUGGAAGAAUUUUGUGUUUAACGAGGAAAUGACGUCAAAAAUGUAGCCCGCUACAGGUUAAGGCACCGUUACCGAGAAGACCUGGGGACGAGGUUGAGUUGUUUUGUUGUGAAAAAAAAAAGAAAAAAAAAGGGCGGACACUUCACUCGUUUCAAGAGUAAGAACUACAGCUGGAACUGGGCAAAGUAAUAGCUAAAAACAUGGCAAAAACAACAAGAAGACAACUCGGAGUGCGACAUCUGCUAUUUGGAGAAUAUUUGUGGAGCUGGACAAACCUAAACGUACACUAUCGAAGAUGAACUUAACAUCGAUGCAGCAUGUUUUAGCUAUGUCUUUAAACUAGGAACUAUUUUGAAUGAAUAAUAAAGCAAUUAAUGAAUUCGCCUUUCGUGGGAUAUGAAGAAUUAGCAGAUCUCGGAGGGUGUUAUCCACUCCAGCCUUCGGCCUCGGUGGAUAACACCCUCCUCGAUCUACUUUAUUCUUCAUUUCCUAUUCAGCCCCAUUCAUUAAUUGCUAAUUUAAAGAAGAGGCCUCCAAUCACCUAAAGGUGAUUUUCCGAAGGGUCCUCGAAAAAAAGGGUCAACAAACUACGGCCAAGAACUAAGACUACAACCAAGGUUUAAAACCAGAACUAAGAUAAAAAAUACUAAGGUUCGAAUGGUUUAAUAAUUGAUAAGCACAGUAAUUUCAAAUCUUGCUUAGUUUGCGUUGUUGCCUAACCGCUCUAUUUCCCUUCUAGAAGUGGCAUUCAAAGUAGGGUCUCCCAGGGUUUUAAAGCAACAAGGUAACAUGAACAAUUUGAACAGGGGAAAAAAAUAUCUUAAGAACAAGGAAGCGUAAAAAGUAUUUGGGAUAAUGGGAACAAAACAAUGCGAUAGAAAGAAAAAAAGAAGGAUAUAUAAUAUUAAAUUCCUGACCCCCAGGAUGGCCAGGUCAUUUUACAUGACAGCACCACCUCCUUCGGGGAUGCGGUUCUACAUUCCUCUAGCCUCUUUUAAUAACUUUGCACUAGUUUACAAUUUUUCAAAUAAUAUUGCCACCUCACUUACUUCGCCAUCUGUAACAGUCUAUUCCUUGAAUUUACUUUCAGUAACGACGGCAAGUUUCAUUUCUUGGCCACCUUACCAGACACUAUUACAACUUGGGUUAUACAAGCAGUUGGAAUUUCAAAUUUGACAGGCCUAGGAGUGGCUCGUCCACUUUACGUCAAAACCUUUAAGGAAUUUUUUGUUUCUCUUCGAUUGCCUUACUCUGUACAGAGAGGAGAGCAGAUAUCUGUGAUUGCUACGGUGUUUAAUUACGCGGAAUUCAACUUAAAGGUAAAAAAUAAAUGUGUACAAACAAAAGCGUAAUGAGAACCCCAAACUGCAAGAAGGUUUGCGAAAUUCGUUUAGUAAUUCGCGCCGUUGAGUAAGGCAAUUUACCCUGGGUGCCAGAGACUUUUUAGGCGCGGUUUCUGGUUUCGGUCAAGUCGAGGCCCUUAGAAGAUUUGUCAGCCGCCACCGAAGCAUCCCGCUGUACGAAAGAAAGGAGACCUUUAGCAACCAUGUAAAAGCAAUUGCCUUUUUUUUUUACUCGAAAGAAAAUGUCUUUUUAAUACACAGCAGAAAAGAUUACCUCUAUGCCGCCAGUAAUAACAAAAAGGCAACGGCUCCAGGACAAUCUUAAGAUAUUGGUGAAGCUUGCCCACCGUGCAAUUAUACUCGACCGAGUUCGGUGUAUGCCUACGGGGAACUUGCCCUACGACGACAAAUUGAACCGAGUCAAUCUCGUACAGUUCCCGAACUAAACUUUCCAGUUCUGCACCCACUGUCUACGGCGAGAGCUCCACCAGAUUGUUGGAGCCGAGCUCCAAAAUAAUCACAUCUGACACUAAUUGGCGCACCACAUGAAAGUCUAUACGAAAUUUUGCUGUCGUGCGGCCGCCAACUCCAUGAAGAUAAAUAUCUGCUAUACCACUAAGGCUUCUAAAAGCCUGCAUGUGCCUCUUUUUCUGCACAAAGGCCUUAAGACGAUGUAACAUCUGUAAACCUGAAGAAGGCUGGUAUGGCCAGCCGAAAUAUUGUUAUAAAAAACAAUACACGUUGUUUUAAAUCAGCUUUGCAGUAGUCUUUGGACUUCUCGUUCUUGGUUCUUUAUAUUUUGGCUGAUUAGAUCUCUUUUUCAGGGAUCCAACGUUUACAAUUAGCAGGAUCUUCGUCCACGGUUUUUGCAGUUAAUUUAAUCCUUUAUUAUUAAGACGGUGAACGAAG